AUGCCUCCUCCCCUCCCCAGCCAGAAGGGCACUGGAAAGAAGGGACGAGAUCGCCAGUCGCGCAGCCGCAAUACUACCCCGAGCAUUAUGUCGCAGUCGGACCCUGAAGAGACAGCCUACCUUCGCAUGCCCCUCCAGAACUUCCAGACUGACGAGGGAAUCGACAAUUAUGGCAGCGGCAAGGACAAGGACAUCCCCACCUCAAAAGAACUCGAGGCGCUUCUAGAGAGACUGCAGAAACUGGUUUCAAUAGCAGAUGCUAGAGGUACAAUUGCCGAUCGGGGCAUGAGAACUGUUGUGGGCUUGCGCAAGGAAAGACAAGAGGAGAUCGAGACGGAGCGUCGAGAUGACGAGACAAAGGAGAGACUUAAGAAGGAGGCGCUGGAUGAGGAGGAACGCGGUCGCAAUAAGAAAGCUUCGAAGAUGAAGAAGCGAAAGGAUGCCAGUACUGCUAGAGAGGAAAGGCCCCUUGCGCAUGGAGCUCAUGGUCUGGCUGCUCAGGAUGGUUCUCAUCACCCAGAGCGUUCAUCUCCUUUAAAUGACAAGAAGGUUGUAAGAAAGGCUUCGAGGGAAAGAGACAAUGACUCUGCUAGCUCGUCGCUUUCACCGGUCGUUGCCACACCUACCGCCACUGGUAUGGAUAUUGACAAAGACGAUGAUGACGAUUCGAGCUCCGACGAACAUCAACCUCCACCAGCACCCGCUAUUCCACACCUUCAAACUUUUGGAGACGAUCCCAACACUUUCCCAGAUCCUACCCUCUACGAGAUUCGUCCUGUCAGACCUGGAAUGACCAUUGCAGAGAUGAAUGAGCUUUACUCCGUUGCAGGCUUCCCAGAAGAUGACCUGGAAGAAUUCAUCCCUGGCACACCUCCCGACAAGGAUUUUAGUAACGCCAAGCCGACAAAUCAAGUUCAAUUUAAUACCUUCGCUACCUAUAUCGAGCCUUACUUCCGUCACUUUACUGAAGAGGAUUUGGCCUUCCUCAGAGAGAGAGGAGACCGUGUUACUCCUUUCGUUAUCCCUCGUCGUGGGAAGAAGCAUUACACUGAAGUCUGGGCAGAGGAGGAUGGUGCACUUUCUGUCGACGGUCCCCAACAGGGUCGCGACAAGUUUCCUGCCAAUCAAGCUCGUGGAGAUAUUGAGAACAUGACCGAUGCUAUUGCCGAGACCGAUCAGAUUUCUGCUGGCCCCAUCCUCUCGAGACUUCUUGCAACUAUGCGACCAGAGCACCGUGCACCUGCUGAAGAGAAGACUAAUGGAGUCAACGGUGAUGUUGACAUGAAUGCUGAUCUGAAUGCCGAUCUAUUCGGCGAGCCCGUCCAGCCUCCUAACGAAGCCCCAUCCGUUCCACCUGCUACCUUCAUGCCCGAUUCCAACACCGAAGCCUGGAAGAAGGCCACCCACCCAAAGCUCGAUCACGCCCAAGUUGACGAGCGCAUAAAGCAAGAACUACGCCAUAUUGGUUUCCUCCCUCCCGACACCGAACCCGACUACGAUGCCCACUAUGACGACGAAAUCGCCGGGCGUCUCCGCUUCCUGCAAAGCGAACUCAAAGAAAAAUGCAUCAUGAACGGCGCCCGCAAAUCUCGCCUCAUGGACCUCGUCAAAGAGCGCAUGGCCCACCAAGAAUUCAGCACCAUCCGCGAAGAUCUCGACGGCCAAGUCCAAUCCGCCUACCUCAAACGCACGCGCACCAUGGGGAAGAACAAAAAAGCCAAGCGACCUGGUGGCGCAGGUGGAGGGAGCCACGUCGUUGCUGGUGCGAGCAAUGGGAUGGCACGCCCUGGAAUUGGCGAUGUUACCAAGACAGUGAUGGAGAGGCGCAAGAAGUGGAUUGAUACUAUUGGGUGUGUGCUUGAUAAGGAUGCUAAUCAGGUACGGCGGAAUCGGGAUCCGGAUAGCUCGAUUUUUAAGCAGGAGGAGAUGGCGGAGUAUAUUCGGAAGGAGAAGGAGAGUUGGGAUGAGGAGGUGGAGGAGGAUUAA